CCUGGAGAAGGUGGGGAGGGAAGGUGAAGGUGUCUCUUGGCCUCCGGCGCGGGAGGGGGUCGCGGGGCAUUCCCGCUUGCUGGCGCUGGAGACCUGGGGCAGGUCUGGCUUUGCCUUCCUGUCAGCCCCGACUGUGCAAGGCAGGGUUUGUCCCUGGCGCCCAGGGCGGGAAGAGCUGCUGAGACAACCGUAGACCUAAUCCUGGGCAGUGAGAGCCCGCUGGUGGGCGUUUCACUUUUCCUGCGUCCACGGAGACCCAGGGCCCACGCCCUCUCACCUUUCAUAUGUGUGCAGUUUCUGCUUCUUCAGAUAUGGAAAACGUGAAUAUGAGAGACAGGCCAUUCUUGACAACUCAGAGAAAUGCUAGAUCAGCAGAUAAUCUGGUAUUUCGUGUGAAAAAUGGGAUAAAAAGUAAAAAGUACAAACCAGUGGAUUAUCAACAACUGCAUGCUUUAACUGAAGCACAGAAGUUAGCUUCUGCGUCAUCAGAGCUAAAGGUCAGAAAAGCAUUGCAGACUUCAAAGCUAUCUAAAGAACAGCGGCUAAUUAAACAGCACAAGCAAGUGUGGUGGCAAGAGCACCAAAGACUAAAUCAAGCCAGAAUCAAAACUGAAUCUGAAAUAAAAUGUUUUAUCAGUGAAGAGAAUGUUGGAAGCGAAUGUCUUUGCGAUCUUACAAGUUUUGAGCAAGAAUUAUCAGAACACUGGUGCAUAUUUCUUAAAAAUGUGAUAAAUCCCAUUCAGCAGCUGAGGGCAGAUCUGAAAUACAGACAGCAUCAUCUCCUACCGCCUUCACACCCCCACACCAAAGUUAACUCUGUGGAAGUGCUAGAAGAGGUUGACUCUGUGAAGAAGCAACUGAAAACUGUGUUCGACAAACUUAACCUAGAGCAACAAAAAAUAGAAGCAGAUCUUUCGGACUGGAGUAGAAAAAUAUUGGAUUACUCUUUGGAAGAGAAAAUUAGCAUGCUUACUGAACUUCCGAUUGAACUACAAGUUUUGGAGUGCCCAUACCCUGAUUUGAAGUCUGCAAUCCUUAAUGAGUUCUGCAACUUUACAGAGAAAUAUCAAAAGAAACUGCAAGAUGUUGAUCUGCAGCUGGGAGAUAUACUCAGAAACUUCCAACUCAGUGAAGAAGAAAAUUGGAUUUAUCAGGCUGUUUUGGAUCUGUAUCCUGGAGAUCUCUAUGGCAGAAGGACUCUAUACCUGGACAUGUUACAAAGAUACUUUCCUCACAAAUCUAGGCGUCAUUUGGUUGAACAUGAGAAAUAUUGUGACCGAUAUCACUUUGCUCAGGAGCAGCGAAGGAUCCUGAUGUCAAAUUGGCAUAAGCAUAGGGAAGACUUUAUACAGAAGGCUCUGCUGACCCUUGCUGAAGCCUGUGUAGCUUAUGAAAUGGAAAGCAGCUUGGUGAAAGACAGGAAAAAGCAACAGGAGUUGUGUGCUGAUCUGAAAGCCAAGGUUCUUCAGUGGAGAGUCCACCAGGAAGAGGUAGCAAGAUUAGAAGUGGAAAUUUCUGAGAGAAGAAGAGAAAAGGCAAAAGAAAAAGAGAAGCUGUGGAAGAAGAAGGAAUUCUUACAGAGGGAAGAGAAGAAAAAAGAGAUAAAAAAAUACUGGGCUGAGAAAGAACAGAAGUGGCAAGAAAUGGAAAUGAGAGAUCUCAGGCGUCUAGAGGAGCUGAAGAAAUUAAUGGCUGCACAGGCGGUAAAAGACAAAGAAAGGGUCAAAUAUAGACAAGAAUUAUUGGAAAAGCGCUUGAUGGAGAAACGGGAGGCAGCCCUCCAAGAAGCACAUGAAGAAGAAGAGAGAGCAAGGCGGCUGGAGGCUCUCAGGCAACAGGUGGCUGUUGUCGCACAAUUCGAUCCUGUUAGAAUGAUGUCAGAUACGAUAGCAUCCAAAGCUAGGAUGGAUGCUGAAAUGGAGGAAGAAUUUAUUCUUCAAAAGCCACUCUUUUCACUGAACACAUACAGUGAACAGCAGAUAAUUUCUGACCCUAGACUUCGUGUGGAAUUAGCACUUAGAGAAGCUGGACUUCAUAACACAUGUUAUGCCCAGGAGAUUUUACCAAAAAUCAGUCCUCAAAAACCUCCAAGAAAGGACAUGGAGUCUACGGUAUUUAAAAGGUAGAUGUUAUCCUCAAAUACUCUUAGAUGAUAUAUCCAUCAUCUAAGUGUGCUGGAUUCUUAAGCCCAGGACAUAGAAGUAAAAUAUGAAGCCAUUUUGAAGGUAAAACAUUUUAAGAAGAGUUGGGGAAAAUUGAGAAUUUCUGAGAUCCAAAUUUUUUCUGGGAAAAGCAUGAGAAGAAUCAAAAACAAUCUUUUUUUUCCCCCCAAGACCAUAAUCAAAUACCCAAAAUGAUAAAAUUUGAUCUAAGAAGAAAAAUGAUUUGUGAAUCCCACAGUUUCUGAAAUCUGAUCAAUUUGUUUGGAAAGAUGGUUAUGU